AUGCCUGAGAUGGGCCCUUCUGUGGAGAACAAACAGGAAAGUGAUUCCAGUGGGCCUAAAGAGAGUCAGCAAAUACAAAGUCUGGUGGAAGCAAUCGCCAAACAAGCGGCUAAUCCUCCAACACAAAAGGAACAAGCACAGGCAGCACCACCUUUCCGUGCUUUUGAUGCAUCAAGAGAAGAAUGGCGAGAAUAUUUCGCGCAGUUGCAGGCGCACAUGACAGUCUACAAAAUCACAGAUUUGGUUCGCGGCGGGUUCCAGCCGCACCUUCCGACUUCGCUGCCGCCCCCAGGGCAGCAGCAGCAGCCGUCGCCGCUACCACGCCGACAGCCCGUCCCGUUGAUGCCUCCCGCGCAGCUUCAUCCGCGAGUGCCCCAGGAGGUCGCUCCGGCGCCUGCGGUCCCUCUUCAGUCGCCACCGCCUUCGGAGCUGAUGGACGUCGACCCCUCAGCCGGGCCGCCUUCCCAAGCGGUGGCUGUGCAGCCUGUCCUGCAGCCGCUUUCCUUGGACACCCCCAAGGAGUCUGACACCGCAGCGCCUUGUCCGGCGCCCACUCAGCAGCCGUCGACGCCGCGAGUAGGGAGGCGAGGCUGUGUGGCGCGGUCCGAGGGCGGCACUUGGCACGGCUGCGACCUGCGGCCACUUCCGGCUCAUCAAUUAGGACCGCCGCCCGGGGGCGGCCCGUUGUCCGCGACGCGAAGGCUCGUAGCUUUCUUAACGUUGGCUCCUUCCACGGUGGGCGGCGGCAGACCGCAUCCUGCAAACCACUGCUCGCUGAAUGUACUGCAGCGCCGACGGAAGCGUGAAAUGGGCCAUGAUCCUAGAUAA